GUUAACAAAAACUACUUCUUCAUUAGCAUAUUGGAGAGGUUGAUCAAGAGAAAAUGGGGGCUUGUUUUUCUUGCGACUCAUCCUCCAUAUUGAAGCAUAUCCGUGUGGUUCAUAUGAACGGUUAUGUGGAGGAUUUUGAGCAACCAAUUUCAGUGAGGCAAGUAAUUGGGCACCCCUCAAAACACUUUCUCUGCACUUCUACUCAGCUUCUUUCCGCUUCCUCAAAAUCAAUGACCGGAGACACACACCUUCAACCUGGGCAAGUCUAUUUCAUGCUGCCAUAUUCAGUGCUACAAGCUGAUGUUUCUCCGGUGGACCUUGCUGGCCUUGUAAAGAAACUCAGCGCAGUAGCCAAAGCAUGUCCUUUGUCCACCCAAAAUCAACCUGUAAGAGGUGGUUCGGCAGAGCAAUAUGGUGUUGGUAAGAUGAACAUUGGUGGAAGAAGCCCUUGCAGAGUACAACCUUGGAAACCUGUGUUGGACACCAUAUCAGAGAAGCCAUAUCAUAGGAGGAGUGAAUCGGAUUGGCAAGAAUGUUAUUGAUGGUUGGAUAACCUUUCAUUCAGGUAGCCAUAUGCAGAGUGGUGUGCUUUGAUUAUUAAAAAGAUUGAGAAGGAUAUGUUUCGGUUUGCUGAAGCUUUCGUGUUGGGGAAUUGGACUUGCAUAAUGUAUUUUAGAGUUUUCUUUUUUAUCUGAUUAUCCUAAGCUGUCCUUUCGAAUGUCUCUGCAUGUUAUCUAUUGAGCACCUGAUACUGAUACUGUAAAUUUCUAAUUUAGAUUGUAUUUAAGAUAAAAGUGAGUUAAGAUACAAUAAAGAUGGAUUAUCCUUCGAUGUUUGGUCAAAA